CUUGUUCAAGGUUACCCAGUGGGUUUACAUGGAUGAGCCAGAAUCGAACCCUGGUCUGCAGAAUCCUUGUCCAACGCUCAAACCACUAUGCCAUGCUGGAUCUCACUGGGAUAAUCCCUCCUGCCAAAUCUGGACUGCUGGAGGGUAUGUGAAUAUGAUACAGCUGAAUACAAAUGUAUAAGCAAUCUUAGCUAUGAUGGUGAAAAUUCUGUAUGACUGCAGACACCCCUGUUAGAAAGAAAACUCAGAAGUACUACUUGCUCUUGCACCGAAGAACGAGGAGAACAGUCUCUGCUACUCGCCAGGAGAGGACAUCCAGGGCAACGGUUGUGCCAUUCAAGAAGAACAUCAUGCUAAGGGCCAGACCUGAGUGGCCCUAUUUGCUGACCCAGUGAAGAUUCAACUGAUUUCUUUUCUUCCCAUUGCUUUUAUGAACCUUCAGGUAUGUUCAGGAUGCCCUUGGGUCCUUCCUUAAGCUCCUGACAGUCACAGAGUGCGGAGUGGUGUCUAUAUCUGCCACCAUAUCUGGGGACUCUUAAAUUUAAGCUGUUGAAGUGUGGCUCAGUUGCUGCGGCAUCAUGACCUGCUCCUACAAUGUGGUUUUCCUGUUGGACACUGCCAGCUCUGUGGAGAAGAAGCAUCUUCACCUCAGCAUCUUGAGGGUCCUGAACUACUUGGGCUGCAAGUGUGGCUUGGCUAGGGUCCGUUGGGGCUUCAAGUUCUUUGAUUCCUUAGGUGCCCAGGGCAGAACCUCACGAGUGGGUAGUUUCCAUGAGCUUGGAUCCCGCAGUUGGGAGGACUUCGAAGAGGAGUUGGACGCCAGGUUUGGAAGCCAGACCUUCAGUCCACACUUGCCUGGUCCGGUGCCUCGAGCCACUCUGACUCAGAAUAUACUGAAGGAAACGCUGCUUGACUACCAGUGGGACCGGCCUGAAAUAGCGUCUCCAGCUAAGCCAGUUCUGAGGAGCCAUAAGAGCAAGUUAACUAUAACCCUGGACAAGCCUCCAGCAAGCUCCUCUUCUGAGGAUUUUGUGAAUGCCGUUUUCCUCUUCUCUCCCUGCCCUCAUUCUCAGAGGGAGCUGUUGCAGUUUGUUUUUGGAAGCUAUGCUCAUUUGUCUGAUGAACUGCCUCCCUCCCAUGAUACCACAGAGAAACUCAUCCCCAAGGGCAUGCAGGAAAUGAUGGCUAACCAGAAAAUCACUCUCUAUUGGGUGGAUACCACUGAGUCAAUGAAGCUUCUUGAAGCCUCAGAUGAUAUGGGCUAUAAGGUCUUGUUUGACUUCGUGCACCUUUUGGGAGGCACCAUUUUGCCAUCUGAGACUUUUCUUCAGUGUUUAAACCACCACAGAACAGGAACUAUAUCAGCUGCCCCUGUGGAGCCUAGGACUUCUGAGCCACCUUUGACACCAUGGAGCACAAUCUUGCCUUUUGAUUCCACUUUGAACUGUUUGUUUUCCCUCCCUUCUGCUCUGCAAGCAUCUUUCUCUCCGGUGGAAGGAGUGCUGUUCCUCAAGACUGAUGGAACAGAAGAGCUGCAAAACUGUGUUGUGACCUUGGAGCCUCUAACAGUGAGCCAGAGGUGCCUCAAAGGUCCAGUCAAUAUUUCUCUUAAAUGCGCUGUGACAGGCUGGAAUGCAAUGCAUCUAGGAAACUUCCGUACAGAGAGCUGGAUUCUGCGGAGUUCAUCAGGACUUUCCUUUAAGGAGCCAUCUUUGUUUCAGCAAUUUUUAAAAUACACGCUGGUCCAAGGAUUACAUUUGGUUGCUGAAGUUUCUCCAUUUGGAGCCUGUUCUUGCACUGGGAUUUUCUCCCCCAUCUCUGACUCUACUGCAGUACUUUCUCUUCUCUGUGUUGAUCAAGCUUCUGAGGUGGAGAAAUUCCUCCCUCAGACAACUGGGGAGGGGAACAUCACCAAAGAUGAUGACUUCAGCCUGCUAGAAAUCAUAGGCAAUGUGCUUAAUCAAGGUUGUGAUGACAUGGAAAGAAAUUAUAUAGGAAGUUCUGAAGAAACUUUAAUUCCUGAGUGGGUACAGCAGGAGCUGUCCCACACAUUGCGCUGGAGUCCUGCAGUCAUGGAAGGCUGGUACUCUUUAUCAAAUCUCUCUGGAGCAAGUUCCCACUUGAUGGAAUCAUUCAGGUUGCUACAGGCAGAUUCUGCUACAGGGGAAGAGGAGGCUCCUAAACCGGAAGUGGAAUUGACACAGUGCUUGUCAGAAUUUUACCAGAGGAAAGCCUCUGAUCAAUCUGCUACCUCACAUCAACAGCAUCACAGAAAGAGAUGCAAAGGUCCUCGGACCCCUGUUAGGCAGAAAAUGAAGACCAUGCCUCGUUCCCUUCAGAUGUUGAACGUUGCUAGGCUGAACGUAAAGGCUCAAAAGUUCCAUGCAGGAGAGCCUCCAGUCAGUGAAAGGGUUUCCCAAAGGCUGUUGUCAAGACGAUUGGAUGAUAAUGUGGAAGCAAGGGGUAAAAUAGUGAAGCGCAAGAUAGGCUUUACAACUGAGGAAGAGAUGCUUUCUUAUAUAACAACAAACUAUCAGAAGGCUGUGAUUGAUGGAGAAAACUUGCUUACACAUGCCCAGGACAUGGUGGCAGCUGUUAAUAUAUUUCACAAAUCAAAUAAGGCCGCCUUUAUGGAUACAGUCCAAAGCAGUCUGUUGAAGACCAGCAAAGCUCUCCGUCAACAACUUGGCAAUGAUCCUGAUAAGGAUGCAAAAGUCAAAGAGUGCCAGCUUCAGGUGUACUUGCGCCUAGAAACGUGCCUUCAGUGUCCUUCUUUACAAGAUGACACAGAUGGAAUGGAGCAACUUGUUGAAGAGAUGACAGACAUGUUGAGGAUUCUGUGCUUGACUAAAGACCCAGUAUACCUUACCAGGUUUUUGGAAGAAGUUGUAGACAUGUAUAUGGAAACUAUGCCAAAGAUCCUUGGAGGUUUGUAUUACAGCCUGGGAACACAGAUUCCUGCAAAGUUGGCCUCUGUCCUUCCAGCAGACUUCUUCAGUGAUGAUUCGAUGGGUCAGGAGAGCCAAAAUUCACCCCUUCAUGCUUCCACAUCAUCUGUUCCAGUUUCCAGAACAGCUUCACUGAGUACUGAGGCAGAGCAGCUUGAAGAACUGCGCACCAGAUCUGCCAAGAAAAGAAAGAAUACACUAGCCAGACACCGUAGUGUGACGGAAAUAUCACAGAACUUACGCCAAAUAGAGAUUCCUCAAGUACCAAAGAACCGUACCAGAAAGGACAACAACUCUCAUGCCUGCCUUGAUGUGAAGUCAGUACCAGCGCCACAGAAAAUGGCAGUACAAGAAGUAACAAAGGUUCGAAGAAACCUCUUCAAUGAAAAAUUCCUUUCUCCAAGCAAAAGAUCCCUUACAAAAAUUUCUCGAAGUCAGUCAGUAUCCGUUUUGGAAGGCCUAAAACGCAAACACAGCCAUUCUAAUGAGGGCCCUAGAGAUAAACAAAAGCUGCUGACCAAAAUGGUGACAGAAACCCCAGUACACAAACAGAUCUCCAGGAGGCUGCUACAGAAGCAGAUUAAAGGCCGGUGUUCUGAUCCUGGAUCUGACGUUAGAAUUGUAGAAGAAUCUCCUGAAAAAAGCAUAACCUGUACAUUAAGAAGAAGUCCACGGAUCAAGCAGCUAUUUCUGGACAGAACCCUCUCUGGCUCCUUCCACUCUUUACAACCCACUAAGAGGAGCAUACAACAAAUGAAUUCCGUUCAUCUCAGAGCUUCAGAUGAUCAAGAAAACGUAAUAGGCUUGGCGUCACCUCCUGUAAAAAAAGCUGUCCAUUCCCCUAAAAGUCUUCUCUUUGGAGCAGUUCUGGGGGAGUUCAAUUUGGGAGAGAUAGAUUCACACAGAACAAAAAGAAAAAGCCUGGCCUUUGAUGAGUCCGCUGUUUAUCAGACACCAAGAAAAACUCCUUUUCAGUCUUCUCAGAAGUUUGUAAGUCCCACAAAUAAGGGCCUGAGAAGAUCCCCUCGACUUCAAGAGAAGCAAAAGCACACCACUCAGAAAAGUCCUGCCCCAAAGUACACAGCAGCUAAGAGUUUGGGAAAUCUUUUCUCCCCAUUUAAACAGAAGAGCAAGUCCUUGCCUGAAUCUUUUGAAAAGAAAGAAGAUCCAGCACUGACAAGGGAAAUGUUUUCUUCUCCAUCCAAGAUGCCACAGGUGCAAACAUUAGGAAAACUAGAAAGGCAAAGGAUUCUUGAUGACGUUUUUGCUUCACCUGCAAGCAGUUGUGAUUCAGCAGCCAAUCUCUCUGUGACAAUUCCUCAAAUUCCAUUAAAUUCCAGGGAAAAGGCAUUUUCACAGCUGCAGUCUCCAAGGCGUUCCUUGCGAGUUGCCCAGAAAAUAGCCUCUCCAGCAUCUCCUCAGAAACAGUCUCUGGAGACAGAAACAGUUACGUAUCUGGAGCCACACUUGCCACUGAUGUUGGACUCUGCAAUGUUGGAGGUGGCGCCCAGAGAAUCUGGAGGCACACUUUCAGAACUGUCUCCAAGCCCAAAGAGUGCCAAGCUUACUGAGGCCUUUUCUGUACCUGUUCGUUCUCCAUCGCUGCCUGAGGCAGAGUCUCCUCCUUCUAACCAGACUUUAAAUGCUGUGGCUAUGUGCACAGUCUCAACUGCCAGGACUCGAGAGCUGACCAGGAGGUCACAUACACCCAAGGAAACUCCUUUGAGAUCCCAAAAUGUCACAGAUAUCUCCCCACCAAAAGCCUUCGAAUCUGCUUCCAGCAGGUCUGAAGAACACUUACAUCUGUAUGGAAAGAAUGAGGAGGAUAAAGGUAGGGGCAGCAUCAGUCUUUCUGAUGAAGGCAACCCAUUUCGUAGACCUGACCAUAGAGAGGGCAUAUUCUUGAGAGAGAGACAUAAACAAGCAAACAGAAUUAUGACACCAAAUAAGAGGAAGGAUUUAGAUAGACAUCUGUCUGCUGAGUUCUCCACUAAAACCCAUGAGUUUAUCCCAGAUGCCAUAGUGGUGUGUGAACAGUUCAAUAUUUCCUCCCUAUUAAACAAAGCCUGUGCACAUAGCUUUCAGGUAGGUCAAGAUCCAGAUAGCAGAGCAUUUAUAACAGAAAAAGCCACAGACUUGCAGCAACCACUCUCCCAGAAUUCUCUCAGCCAUAACCAGCCUUCUUUGCUGACAGCCUCAAAAUCUGGUUCAUGUACCUAUGCACUGCGCUGCACCCCGGACAGAAGACAACGAGAGGCUGAAGCACGCCUAGGGAAUUCUGAGAAGGUGAUAGUAUCCAGAGCCCCCCAGACUACUCAUCCAGUGCCUGUGACAACUAGCUCACCAACCUAUGAGGUUGAGCUUGAGAUGAAAGCUUCUGGCUUACCAAAGCUACGAAUCAAGAGAGUUUCCUCCAUGUCAGCUCUGGAACUGCCAUCCCAUAUAGAGCCUGAGAAACCCAAAGCAGAGGAAGAAAGUGAUCUUGCUGUACGGGAUCUUUCUGUGACUUGCUGUGGGAGGCACUCAGGGAAACUAGAACCUGCAUCCAUCUCCCCAUCCUGUAUUCGCUCUGCCCACAGUACUCCAGGAAAGUUGGGUGGUGGGCAAACCUACAUAUGCCAGUCAUACACUCCCACUCGCUGCACCUCAUAUACCUGUUCCCCAUUGCAAGGCAGUGUUAGCAUUCCAUCGACACCUUCUCCAAAGCAUAAAGGAAAAGUUACUCCAGAGGCAAUUAAAGACUGGCCACGAAGAAAAAAGGCCACCGUGGGCUGCAGGAAAAGUGAGAGACAUACAGAUGCUGCUUUGGAAACAGCAGCUCCUAAUACAGCAGGAAUGAGAACUUCUGAACUCUUAAGUGGCAAUAAAGCAUUGCAUCUGGGGGAAUUUGAACUUGAAGGUGUUUGUAGGCUUCAAGAUGAGUCACCUUGCAGUGACACAGAACCCACUGAGGAUGAGAACAUUUACAGAGAGACAUCUCAACUAAAGUCCAGGAAAAGAGCUUUUGAGAAUAUGUUUUCAGAAGAGGAAAAGGACCAGGAAGCAAAAAGGUCCUGCCCAAAGAGAAAGAAUCCAGGGGCAGCUGUCUGCACCGAUGAGCUGCUGAGCAUGGGAAAUGGGGCAGAGUCCUCAGCCUUGACUCCACCCAAGUCUUCAGGAAAGAGCACAAUCUCUGUCAGUGGACUUCGGGCACUAACUCAGUCUCCGCUGCUUUAUCAAGGCCACGCCACUUCUCUGAGGAAAUGCCCCACUGGAGAUGAUUCUGAUGUGUUUGGAGGUGCAAAUGAAGACUUAUCUCCAUUCCACAGUGCAAGCACCAGACAACAUUUUAUCACCAGGACAUACUCCCGGAAAAGACUGCUCACUUGAACUGUGGAACAAGAUGCUGAGAACAUUUGAACAAACUGGAAAAACUGUCUUAGACUACUCUAAAGUCAAAACAAGGCUGUUAUUGUUAGCCACCACAGAUCGUCUCUUCCUCAUGAACUCAGAGCUAGUUUGUGCACAAUUAGAAAGUUCUGCCUUCCAGACCAAGGAAAAGAGACAUAGAUCUGCAGUGCCAAAAGGCUGCUCUCAACACUAUAGCGUUCUGAAAGAGAGAGUGGGGCCACCCCAUGACCCUCUCCGUGAUUGCAGCAGACAAGUAUGUAAACUAUGGGGAACAAAUAAGAAUACCACUUUUAAAUGGCUUUUGUAAAAUAAAUUAAUACGUUCUGAUAAGUUGCUUGUUUUUAAUGGUAUUGAAGCCCUGGCUACGUUCUAGGGACUCUUCGUUUUAUGUGCUAACCAGGAAGUAAUUUCACAUCAUCUUUGUGUGUAUUUUUCCUGUGUUUCAUUGCAACCAUGUUUUCAAAAUCCACCAAGGGCUGUAAGCCAUUAUCGCAAAACUACUACUGUACUGCUCCCAAUGGAUAUUUAUGAGUACCAGACGAAAGCGGAUAAAAACUGUAGUGUGUUGGACACAGUGUAAGGGAAUAUAAAAUAAGCUCACUUACAAAAA